ACAUCCCACCCAAGGGCUUAAAACCUGCUCCCUCAUCACACUGGAGCCUGUUGCCUCUUCCAGAGAGUCACGAGAACAACCAGCAAGAUGCCUGCCGACUACAGCGGGACAUGGGACCUCGUCAGUAACGUUAACUUUGAGGGAUACAUGGUCUCACUUGGCAUUGAUUUUGCAACACGCAAAAUUGCCUCGAUGUUGAAGCCCCAGAAGGUGAUUAAGCAAGAUGGAGAUUGUUUCAUAAUCAGGACGUUCACUUCUUUUAGAAAUUAUGAGUCCUCGUUCAAAGUUGGAGAGGAGUUCCAAGAGGUGACGACGGGAAUGGACAACCGGACGUGUCAGACUGUGGUGACCUGGGACAAUGAAAAGCUGGUGUGUGUUCAGAAAGGAAAAAAGAAGAACCGAGGGUGGAAACACUGGAUUGAGGGGGACGAGCUUCACUUGGAAAUGACCUGCGAGGACCAAGUCUGCAAGCAAAUUUAUAAAAGGGCUCCGUGAUUUAGUGUACUUAUGAUUGGUGAAACCAUUUCAUGCUAUAGAGAAUUGAAUUCACAUUAAAUGGGCUAAUCCACAUCAUUUAGUUAUUCUGUCUGUUGUGGAAGAAGUAUCUGAAACUCUUAUUUUAGAAAAACUACCAAUGGAACAGUGUAAAGUACUGCAUUGAAAUACUACUUAAGUAAAAUGACAAAAGUAUUGAUGUACUUAAUGUUAUUGAAGUAAAAUUCUGCAUAAUAAAAUACCCCUAUGUGAUUUUU